AUGGCAGACCUACAGACCACCCGCCCGAAAGCCUCAGCAAUCAGCUCACACAUCACCAACAACAACCACGAAGCCCCACACCUUGCAACAGCUGCUCAAGUACAACACAAUCUUCAACACCAACACCUCUGGACGUCAUUAGUGGGCCACACAAUCCCAGGAGAGACGACACAAUCCCGGCCCCUCCAAGCACCCCAAGACCCAAUCCAACUGAUCUCCGGAUAUCCCCCACACCGCGUGUACACGCACCCCGACGAGCAGCUGUACAUGCUAGAAAACAAGAUCCAAGAAGACGAUCUCCAGCCCGAGCGCAUGUUCGUCGUGCCGACUACCCAGGGCCAGCCGUGGAGUCUGCGCCAUAUGGCUGUUGUUUUUGAUCGGCUGCCGGAAUUCAUUGAGCAAGCUCGGGAGGAUGACGAGUCGUCGAGCGUGAAGGCUGCAGAUGAUCCCGAAAAGGCGGCGAAGUUAGCGGGGUAUUAUGCUAAGAGGGAGGAGGCUGGGCGGACGAAGGAGUGGGGUUCGCGGCGGGUGCUGCUUGCCAUGGUUGAUAAGGGGAUGGGCGGUGAUGGGACGGUGGCGUAUUAUGUUGUACAGGAGGGAGAGGUGAAGCCCAGGCAGAAUUGA